AUGAAAGUGAAUAUUAACAAAUCGGAGAUAACUGCUGUCUAUAGGGUCGGUCGCCGUAGCGAUACAAAACCUAGGCAUGUUUUGGUAUCGUUUACUGACAAUUCGAUUAAGAUGACAACGUAUAAUAAGAAAAAGUUUCUUAAAGGCACUAAGAUAGUUAUUAAGGAAGAUCUAACUCGGCAUCGGUUGAAAGUAGUUAAAGCAGCUUCUGAUAAGUUUGGUUUCAAGAACGUGUGA